GUGGAUGAGAACGUGAAGGCAUCAACAAAAUCAGUUUUGAACGAGCUGCAAUGCGCACUGUUGGAUCGAAAACGGGCGAUGAAGAAACGCGAACGAAUCGCUCUGAAACGUUUCUACAAAAAACAAGCGGUGGUUUGCGGCGGUGAAACGAAUGGAAAAAAUCCGCAUCUAGCAGACGGAAAUGCUGACGAAGACGAGAUUGAUUCUGAUUGGUACUCGAGAAAUCUCGAUUCAUCUGAAACAGACGAUGAUUCGAGCAUUGCCAAGGAGGUUUGUGAUGAUCGCGUGGAUUCGGAUGAAGAAGAUAAACAGCAAUUUGAUGAUGGUGAAAAUUCAUCGAGCUCUGACAGGCAAAUG